AUGGCUAUCCCUCAUCAAACGUCCUCGAUCACCAAGGCUGCAGCUUCAGCAGUGAUCACCCCAGGCCCCGAGCUCCAGUGUUCGAAUGGACAAACCGCCGUGUACACGACAGACUGCACAUUAGGAAUUCCAGUUUCGUAUUGCUCCAGCCCAGAGCCUCCAAUCGAGUGCUCGCAGGGAUUCUUCCCGUCUGUUUGGCAUCCAGGUCAUUGCAUAGAGCAAUCGACCUGUUUCCCACUCAACGCACCCUGGAUUACCACCGAGUGCUCGAACGGGGGUAUUCCGUAUACGACGUCGACCUUGUAUCAGGGCACGUUGGCGGGAGGUGAAUCAACUGUGAUCAGCGUCGUCUCCUGCUCUUGUGCUGCAAACCAAUGGUACAGCAUGACCCUACUGCCAGGCUCGUCGAACUAUGACACCUUCUGUAUGCCACACAGCUCCUGUCCACCGGGUAUGACAACCUCCAUCUCGAUCAAUGAGUACUGUGCCACUCAGCCGGCGAGCGUUUGCUCGGACAUACCUUUGGAAACAGACUUUUGUAAAUGUGCUUCUACGGCGCAGACUCCGGUUUAUCCUGACUCGCCUGGUGCUACUCCAACUGGGUGCGAGUUUUGA